AUGUUGAAAAUUCACAUGGAAGUGAGUAAAACUCCGGGAGUGAACCUCUACCAAGGAAAAGACCAACCUAGAAAAGACCAACCUAAUAAAGGUAAAGGAAAAGGAAAAGGAAAGGGAAAACCAAAGGAUGGAAAGAAGGCAGCAUGUUAUGUAUGUGGCAACGAAGAUCAUAUGUCUCCCAAAUGCCCAGACAGAUUGCUACCAAAGACCCAAUGGAAGAAUCAGGAUCAAUAUGUUGACUAUGGGAAGAAGCUCAAUCUUAAUCAGAUUGGAGCAACAGUCCCAGCUACUGAUCCAGCCAUAGUUCCUGGAGCUUCAGCAUCUACAAGUGGAGGAUCAAGUGUUGCGGGAAGCGUUAACACACCCUUGCGACUUGCUGGUACUACAGGUAAUCAAAUGAUGCAAGUUCCUUCUGGAAUGCAGCUCAUGCAGAUUCCAACUCAAGGUGGCGGCACUGUUACUGUCCCUUAUUCUAUGAAUGCUAACGGUGAGA